AUGGAGGCUCAACAGUGGGAAAGCUUCAGCACUGCUUUGCCAUCAAUUAACAACAUCAGUAUUAAGAGAUGCAUUUUAAUAGAAAAUCCAGUGCAUAUUGACCUUCACGGAUUUACGGACGCUUCCGAAUCUGCCUACGGAUUCGUCAUUUAUUGUAAAUCAUAUUCAGACGACGGAACCUUUGAAAUGAACUUGAUUUGUGGUAAAUCAAGGAUAUCACCUCUUAAGCGUGUUACCGUUCCAAGAUGGGAGUUAUGUGCUGCAUUCCUUUUGGUAAGACUGAUAACAAAAGUGAAAAGUGCUUUACAAUUUGAAUCAACUGACAUUUUCCUGUGGAGCGACUCGAUGAUUGUCCUCUCCUGGAUACGGAAAGAGCCCUUUCAUCUAAAAACAUACAUUGCGAACCGGGUAGCAUCAAUUCAAGACUUGACACAAGUUCAACAAUGGCGUCACGUAUCUUCCGAGAACAAUCUGGCAGAUAUCAUCUCCAGAGGGAUGAAUCCUGAGAAGUUGAUUGGAAAUAAACUGUAG